AUGGUGAUCAAAAAUCGUCAAAACAGUAGCCCAUUUUUUGGGCGCUUUCAGCGUGUGUCCCCGGUUGUACAUGAGCGGUGUGAGAGGAAAAGAGGUGAGUUUGAUACUUGAAUAUUUAAUGUGCUUGUUCUUGUGUUGUUUAAUAUAUGAAAAGACGAGGGCAUGUCAAAGAAACAUUUUGGCUCCGUUUACACGAGAGGUUAGUUGAUUAAACCCCUGAGUAUCCCGCAUCUAUUGCAGUUUGUUGAAAAGCUAAUGCUGCUAAAGCUAACAGUAUGAAUGAACGUUCAGUAAACGUUAGCUAAAACUACCAUGACAUGAGCACAGAAAUCUUUCUUUACAGACAUGUAUGUUUAUAAUAAUGACCCCGAGCAGCUGACUGAGGAAACAUGAAUAGUCUCUUAACUGUGCUCCAACUUUUCUCUGUGAGUUUCUUGAUGUGAUAACACAGCCAAGUAAGCUUAAAAAAGAAAUCUGGCUUUCAGAUGGAAUCAAAAAGCUCCACAUUUUACAGACACGAUUAAAGUAGCAAUACAGGGCUAAUAGGUAGAUUUAUAAGACAAUCGUAGUUAAGUAAAAAAGCACAGAAAUGAGCACUGAGUUGUCGUGGGGUAGGAUAAGCCUGCAUUACAGAUAACUGUAGUAGUUUCUCAUCCAUAUGUUGAUAAAUAUCAGACAGCUUCUCUGUAGGCUUCGGGUCAAGCCAGUUCAAGCACAGUUGUAGCAGAGGCAGUAAAACAAGUGGAAGAAGUUUUGGUUGUUGUGAGCAGGUGCCAGGUCUGACUGGAAACAGGAGAUCAGCAUCUCUACUAAGAUGAUCAGCAAGUCUCCUGAGUUGAUUUUUGACUGGAAAAACAGUGAACCAACUACAGAUAUCACGAUCACUCAGUCAGCCAAUUAUUGACAUUCUGAUGUAAUCGUCAUGAUAUUGGCGUCAGUGAUAUCUCUAUUAUCUUUUCAAAUUUACAAGUGAAUAUUCUGAUAUUUUAAAGUUCAUAUUCAUACAUGUAGGAGCUUUAGGCCAUUAUUAGAGAAGUGUAUUGUAUUCAUACGGAGGGAAAAACCACUCUGUUACACUGAAUUAGUGAGCUAAUUAUCUCAGAGUUAUGAGAAAACGGUUUUUUUUUUUUAAAUGAAGACAUUUCUGCUUUGUUUUUCCUUUCAGUGUUGUGAAAAUAUCAUUGUCUGUCAGCGUUUGUCAGUAGCUGAAAUCUAACCUUGAAAACAAAGAAGCUAACACCCGUUUGAUUGUUUGUUUCUUUAGACUCCAACAUGGAUAUUCGACCAAACCACACCAUUUACAUCAACAAUAUCAAUGACAAAGUCAAGAAAGAAGGUAGGUGGACGUUACAACAAGCAAUAAAUGUUUCUAUGAAAUUAUUUAUUAAACUAGAAGAGUCUUGUUGACAAGGAUAUUUUAAAAACUGGCUGAAGGUGUUGUGCAGAAGGAAGUUGCUCAGCUGAAGGGUGCAGCUGUGCUCAGGGUCUCUGCAGACUCGUUUUGAUGAACAAUACACAACAGCCACACAGAUAUUGGGUGCUUUUUCACCAGGACAUUGCCCUUUAAUUUGAUUCAAACCCAACAGACUGGGGAAAAGUCACAGUUGAAAGAUUUUGCAGACUGUGAAAUCUUUCUCUCAUUCUGCAAACCAGCAACAUAAGUACUUUCCCCUAAGCAUGUUUCCUGCCAUCAGACUGAUUGUAACCCUGCUGCACUUCCAAUAAACACUCAACCGUAUGGACUUGCUUUUAUUUAAUCAAUAAGAACAAGUAUGCAGAAAACUGGACAAAGAGUCUGAAACAGGCCUGUUGAUCUAUUCAGGUCUCUUGUGGCAUCAGUUCCACAUUUGGCAGUUCUAGGCUCGGUCUAUGUGUCCAUAUUUCCCUUAAGAAGCAGUUCCACAUGUAAAUAUUAGGUGUAUCAAACAAUUUUAAGCUGCUAUAUUUUCUAUAGUUAUGUCAUACCACCAUUUUAUCAAGUAUAUUUUGAACAAAGCUGUGGAAAACAUACUGUUCAAUCUAGGCAGAUGAAUGAAUUUGUUAUUGUUUUUAUCAUGGGAAAAAAAAUCUGUUUUCUUUUGAUGAGUAAUAUAAAAUUGAUGAUUAAUGUUUACAAAGAUUGACUGAAAGUACAUUGAAUUUGCAUUCCUAGUUUGAGUAAAAUCACCCUAAAUCAUCUGCAGGUUUGAAACUCAGAGCCUGAAGUUAGUUUAAUGUGAUUCAAUCACGAAUGCAGCCAGCCGCUACAUCCGUUUUGAGUUCACAAGUUUUGUUUAAUCAGGAUUCAAGAUCAGUUUUAAUUCAUGAAAGGUGCUUUGCACAGUGUCAAACUGUAUAAGUUUUAUGUGCAACAGUGGUCCCAGGACGCAGCCCUGAGGCACACCAAUUCUCAUUUCAAGAACUUGGAGGGGAUUUCUCUUACCCUGCAUUCUGUGAUCUGUUUAAUAAAUCCUCAGUGUUGAAAGCUUUUAACAAGGCAAUAAAAAAUAUCGUCAUUAUUGUUACUGUUGAUUUUUGCUCAUCACUUCUACCUCUGUCCUUUGUAAUGAGAAACUUUUCCAUAUUUUUUCUGUUAUUUAUGUUUGAAGUUAGUUAGAUUGUUGUGAGAUGUUUCUUAAAGCACUGCAGACCCACAACAAAACAUUUGUAACUCUUGAAAUGUAAUUUUUGUUGAGCUCUUUCUGCUUGUCGUCUUUGUCUUGUAGAGAUGAAGCGCUCGCUCUAUGCACUCUUCUCUCAGUUCGGUCAGAUUAUCGACAUCGUGGCCAUGAAGACCAUGAAGAUGAGGGGUCAGGCCUUCGUCGUCUUCAAGGAGCUUGCUGGUGCCACCAACGCUCUGAGGCAGCUGCAGGGUUUCCCCUUCUACAACAAGCCCAUGGUAGGUCCACCGUUGGGUUUUUGUUAUUUUUUUGGUCAUGUCUGUCAUGUUUGUAACUCCACUGAACCGUCUGGUUUUUUUUUUUUUCAGAGGAUACAGUACGCAAAAACAGACUCUGAGGUUAUAUCAAAAAUAAAGGGCACGUACGGUGAUAAGAAGGAGAAGAAGGAGAAGAAGAAGAAAGCUCAGGAGCCUGCAGCCGGCCUGACAAAGAAACCAGCAGCUGUGAGUUUCUGUCAGAAAGAAAUGACCUGCAACGAAUGAACGAGAGCUGAAGUUUAAGUGUUGGAUAUUAAGCUCAUGUUCUCCAUCUGUCUGCUGUUUGUGUGAUGAGGAUGAUGAUGAUUGUGGGAUUAGCUGUGCAUACCAUAAACCAGUGCCUCUUACUUUUUAACCUCUGGAUUGGUAGCUUGUUUGUGCUUGUUCCCAUUCAUGAUUGCCACAGCCUCUUUCUUACCGUGCUUCAAGCUAUCCCAUAGCUUUUCAGACACACACACACCUGCCUCCUCCUCCUCCUCUCCUUGCUCCCCUCUCUACAGCUGCCCGGUAGUUUGAACUGCUGUGGCACAUGUUGAUGAUACAGUCGACAGUUCAAUCCUUCCACAAACUCACACUUUGUUGCACAUCAAUCUGAGCUCUUCAUUUGCCAUAAAGGAGCAGCCCUGUUUGACACAAGAAAAUACUCAAUCCUUCCUCUAUCACUAUCAUCACAUACUGUGAGCAUCUGAGAGGAAAUGAGUUGGCAGUGACCUGAUGCUUCUCAUGAUAAAGGACUGAUGCUGUCAGCAGGUGGUCAUAUAAACUGCUCUGUUCGUGCUCUCAAAGGCUCAAUCCCUAUUUUUAACGUUACAGCUCUUGUAUGGCUCAGACUGUAGCUUCUUCUUCUGUAAAUUCAGUUCUAUACGUUCUUUGCUACAUUUUUAAAUGAUCUCUCCUUGUGUUUGUUGUUUGCAGGGAUCAGCAGCACCGGUUCACUCCCCUGCAGUCCAGGUAAGUCAUGUUUCAACACAUUUAUUUUAAAUUUGAUUUAAAGGGUAGGGAUGAUAGAGCCGAGAUACCGAGACACUGUUAUUGUAUUUUCUUUGUGGUUUUGUAGUGAGUGGUGUAACAGCUGUUAGAGCUCUCUCUUUUUCUGUGGCACCCUUUCAGAAAUGACAGACGGUCAGAAUAACAACCUGAGCCUAUCAGAGACAAAAACAAGAACUUUUAGAAGACGCACUUUGUGUUCCUUUUCCACAAGGAUUCGGCUGCCUCCAUGACAGCCUGUUUUACUGCUGCUGGCUGAAAAUACUUGCAAAAAGCUUCUGUGCCUGAUAUUAAGGGCAAACUGAUGCAUAGAGGAGAGACUGAUGCAUGUAGUUUAAGUAGCAGGAAAGCAGGCGGGUCCACAGCAGCAAGAAGUCUGCAUCCAGAGGAACCUAUGGCAUGAAGAGGGUCAUGAUUAAUGAUCUGGAUGCUUUUCUCUCACAGGUGCCUGACAAUCCUCCAAACUACAUCCUGUUCCUCAACAACCUCCCUGAAGAGACCAACGAGAUGAUGCUCUCCAUGCUCUUCAACCAGUCAGUCCAUUACCAACACUCUUUGUAAUAUGUGUAUCAGUGUGUGUGUGUGCGUUCGCUGACGGUGUGUUUGCAUCCUUCUCAGGUUUCCUGGGUUUAAAGAGGUGCGUCUCGUCCCUGGAAAACAUGACAUCGCCUUUGUGGAGUUCGAGAGCGACACGCAGGCAGGCGUGGCCAAAGACGCUCUGCAGGGCUUCAGGAUCACAGCCACCUGCGCCAUGAAGAUCACCUACGCCAAGAAGUAGUUCCUGUUUGAUCAUGUGACACAAAGAGACUGAGCAGGGGUGGGGCAGUCCCUGGAUUUCCGUUGUUGCAACAGAUCGUCUGAUAUUUGUAAAUCCUGCAUAAGUUUUUUUUUUUGUUUUGUUUUGUUUUUCUGGAAGUUUUUUAAAAGAAAUUUUGUUUGGUAAAUUUUGUCAUGAGGUUGAGCAAUAAAUGUUUUACCUCCGUCUUCUUUUGUAAAAUAAAAGCCUUUUACAUUAAUUUA